AUGGACAGAAACUCGAGAGCUAUCUAUACCUCACUAGAUAUGGAGACUAUUGGGCGUGUCUUCAACGACAUAAAAGCUCGUUACAACGGCCGCCUUGAAAAAAAGAAUGCGGCGGGUAUCGUUGCGGAAAUUCGUCAAGGACUUGGGGCAGAAAUUGGGGUCCCAGAGUGGCAACCCUUAUGGCACUCGUUCUCCAGCUGCGAUACAGUCUCGGACCAGAAAAAGACACCUUGCGCGGAGAGAUUUCCCAAUGCGGCAAAUAACCUUAGGCCGAAGCUAACCCCAGCAACCGCAAUGUUCGCGGUAGAGGGUCAUGCUCGCCUCAACCUUGUUUGCCAUUCGCAAGCAUCCGAUUUGACCGGCUCUGAAUCCUAG